GAUUGAUUGAUUUAUUUGCCAGAAAUAAAUAAAUGCCAUUGGUUGGUUUUUUCGCGUUGCUUACGGAGGAGAAGGGAAAUAAAAAUCGGAAGGAAUCCCUCCAUCAACUCCUCUCGCUCUCGCUCCCGGCCGCCUCCCCGCGACCAAACGCUCCACGCCCGGCGGCCGAGCCUUCCGCUCCAAUCUCCGGCGAGGCUGCUCCCUCGCCAUUGCCGCGCCCGAUUCCCGAUUCCCAGGGUCCUGCGGCGGCGGCACGAGACUCACUCGAGGACGACCUUGGUUCCGGCGGGUUUCCCUCCCCGUCGACUCGACUAGGAGAGGGUAACGGAUUCCUCCUCCGUUUCCGCGCUUAUUUUGCUGCUGCUGCUGCUGCUACUACUACUACUACUUUAGUUGGGCAGAUUGGUUUCGGUUCUGGCGAGUUCCUGCCGACGAUUGCGACGCAUUCCCUUCACCACCGGAGUUUUCCUCUCUUUUUUUUUUCUUCAGCGAUGGUUGGUGUAUUAGCUAGCCCAGUGUUGCGUUGGUUGGUGUGUUUUUUUCCAGCAGUUGUUCUGCUCUGAUUUUGUAUUGUUCCGUCCCGUGCUAGCUUUAUUUAGUCUUGUACUACUUACACUUGAGGAUUGCGGGGUAGCCUUAGCCUAGCCUAGCGUUGCGUUGCACGCGAACCAACCCCACAGUUGAGCCACCGAAUCUGGCCUACCUGUUCUACUCAACCGGACAGCUCCGACUCGCCCACUUCCAGUUUGCAAUGCAAUGCACUGCUUGCUGGCGGUGCUGCUGCCCAAUCAUCGAAUUUAAUUUGGUUAUAUAAACUAUGACCUUGGAGUGGUACUGAAUAUGUGCUUUGAUCGACUAAGAGGGGGGAGGGGGCUAAUUUGCGGGUGCCGAGGGCAUCACGGAUGAUGCCUCUGUGCAUAUUUAGAUGACAUAUGCUCUGUUUUCCGUGACUGACCCGGCAGGAAGCCAUGAAGAUCAGCGCACUCCUGACCUCUGCGGGCAUCAAUAUCGGGCUCUCCGUGCUCUUUCUGUCGCUCUAUUCUGUUCUGAGGAAGCAGCCAGCCAAUGUCAGGGUCUACUUCGGCCGCAGGAUUUCCGAGGAGCAUAGUCGGCUCCGAGAGGCUUUUAUUUUGGAGAGGUUUGUUCCAUCAACUGGCUGGAUCGUCAAGGCCCUGAGGUAUACCGAGGAAGAGCUCUUGGCAGCUGCUGGGCUGGAUGCUGUCGCUUUCAAUAGAAUGCUAGUCUUCAGCACACGUAUCUUUUCCCUAGCUGCCCUGCUGUGUGUGUUUGGAAUUCUUCCACUGCAUUAUCAUGGACAAAAUAUACAGCAUCUUCGGAUUCCUUAUGAAGAUUUGGAUAUCUUCACAAUUGGAAAUGUGGAAAAGCGAUCAAGAUGGCUUUGGGUUCAUUGUCUAGUUCUCUACAUAAUAUCUGGAGUAGCUUGCAUUCUCCUAUAUCUUGAGUUUAGGCACAUUGCUAGACUGAGGCUCCUUCACCUUAAACGUGCAACACCCAAUCCAGGCCAAUUUACUGUGCUUGUUCGCGGAAUACCAAAGACCAAGAAAGAAUCGUGCAGUAGUGCCGUUGAUGAUUUCUUCACCAAGUAUCAUGCGUCAAGUUACCUAUUCCACCAAAUUGUUUACAAAACUGGGAAAGUUCAGAAGAUAAUGACUGGUGCGAAGAAGGCAUGUAGAAAGUUGAAAAAUUUCACGGACACCACUGUAGAUCAGAGCUGCAAAGCAAUUACAUACCGGUGUUGUCUUUGUGGUGCCUCUUCAAAUUCUUUCCAAUUGUUGCCCACUGAUGAAGUUGUACCGAGCAAAGGAAAAGUUGACCUGGACGAUUCUAGCUUGAACAUAGAUAAUGAGGAAUGUGCAGCUGCUUUUGUAUUUUUCAAAACUCGGUAUGGAGCACUUGUCGCGUCAGACGUACUUCAGACAUCAAACCCUACGAAGUGGGUUACUGAUCUAGCUCCAGAACCAAAUGAUGUGUAUUGGUCAAACAUUUGGCUUCCCUAUAAGCAGCUUUGGAUUCGACGGAUAGCGACGCUACUUGGUUCUGUUGUUUUUAUGCUCUUAUUUCUGGCACCGGUGACGUUUAUAAAUGGUCUAUCUCAGCUUGAUCAGUUGCAGAAGAGGCUUCCUUUCCUUAACGGGAUAUUGAAGCAGCCACACCACCUGGUCCAACUAAUAACUGGAUACCUUCCGAGUGUCAUACUGCAAAUAUUUCUGUACACCGUUGCGCCAAUAAUGAUGCUGUUUUCAACACUAGAAGGGCCUAUAUCUCACAGCGAAAGGAAGAGGAGUGCGUGCUGUAAAGUGCUGUACUUCUUGAUUUGGAAUGUAUUCUUUGUUAAUGUGGUAUCUGGCACUGUCUUAAAACAAUUGGAUUUUUUCUCAAGCCCGAAGGACAUUCCUGUCCAGCUCGCUAAGGUUAUACCUGGGCAGGCUUCCUUCUUCAUCACCUAUGUUCUGACUUCAGGAUGGGCCAGUUUAUCAUCUGAACUUAUGCAACUCUUUGGUCUGAUCUAUAACUUCAUAAGGAAGUAUGUUCUGAGAAUGAAAGAAGAUACAGAGUUUGUCCCCUCGUUCCCAUAUCACACUGAAGUACCAAAAGUUCUGUUGUUUGGACUAUUGGGAUUCACAUGCUCUGUACUGGCGCCCUUGAUCUUACCUUUUCUGCUAGUCUACUUCUUCCUGGGCUAUGUCGUAUACCGCAAUCAGCUGCUCAAUGUGUACCGCACGAGAUACGACACCGGUGGUUUGUAUUGGCCGAUUAUACACAACACAGUGAUAUUUUCUCUCGUGCUCACCCAGAUCAUCUGCCUCGGCAUAUUUGGGCUGAAAGUAUCACCAGUAGCUGCAGGCUUCACCAUACCUCUCAUCAUCUUCACUCUUCUGUUCAAUCAGUACUGCAGAACCCGGCUUCUUCCACUGUUCAGCACUUUCCCAGCACAGAAUUUAAUCGACAUGGACAGGGAGGACGAGGUGUCGGGAAGAAUGGAACAUAUUCACCACGGGCUCCACACCGCGUAUUGCCAGUUCCCUGACCCCGAAGAAGAUGUACAACUGGAGGAGAUUCGGACCGUCGGGAACGAUGAGGACGGCGGAGGUUGUAGCUCGGGCGGGUCCAACGGCAAAGGUAGCCCGGGCGAGCCCAACGGCAAAGAGACCCUCGAGGAACAGCAGCAGCCCAGGAGGGACCUGUCUCACCCGACGCUCAAAGGGCUCCCCGUCAGCCGUCUGCAGAAUGCGGUGAGAUGCGUCACUUUCCUCAUCAGGCUGCAGAAAAGAGGCCUGUGGUCAUGAUGCAGCCAGCCAGCGUCGGACAACUAACCGAACCGCUAACCCAACCCGUUCAUCAUGUGGCCGCUCAUGCAACUGUACAGAGCGAUAUAUACAGGCCGUACAAGUUUUUUUUUCCUUUUUCUUUUUUGAAAAAAAAGAGCGGGUUAUAGAUCAUACAUAUACAAAGUACACAAGACACAUUAGAGAAGAAUAGGUUAAGAAAUACCAGUAGUCCAAGUGAAGUAUACACACAAAGCAUCAUCAUGGUGGUUAAUUGGGGGUUGCAAUUUUGGUCCUAGGGCAGCGUCCGGAUGUUUCGACGGACGUGAAAGUGAUCGGUGUCGUGGGGUGUCAUGAUCAUCAUGGUUACCUGUAAAGUCUUGUUAUAUACCUGUAAACAUCCAAGGUUUUGGUCGUCAUGCUUGUCUGAUUGGCUCUGUCCUGUAAACAUCCAAUUUUUGUCGAGAAGCAUAUGUGCAAUCAUUUUUUUUA